UUUAAUGUCGACGUCUCCCAGGAAGACAACAUUUGAAGUUGUGCUUGACCAUACGCUAAAUGUUUUUUAUCAAACGCUUAAAUCCCCACAUGUGCCCACGACACAACGUAGAAUCGUUUUAUUUGCCAAGAAGAUUUUAAAAAGUAAUGAAAAGGCUCAAGAGAAACAAACUAAACGGGACGAAUGUACCUGUCACGAAAGAAGUGAACUGUGGGAAGAAGCAGAAGUUGACUGAGCUCCACCUGGCGUUAAACAGUGAUCCGGUGGACAUCGAGACCCUGAGGAGGGCUGCGGCCAGUCAGGGAGGGCUGCUUUCAAAUGAACUUCGCAGGAAAGUGUGGCCCAAACUACUCAACGUCAACGUAUAUGAUCUUCCACAUAAGCCUAGAAAAGAUGGACGAGAGAACCACAAGGACUACAACCAGGUGGUUCUUGAUGUCAGGAGAUCCAUGAAGCGCUUUCCAAAAGGUAUGCCGUCUGCGGAGCGAGCUGUACUCCAGGAGCAGCUUGUUGAUAUCAUCCUGGAGGUUCUGAGGUGCAACACACAGCUCAACUACUAUCAGGGCUACCACGACGUGGCCGUUACGCUGCUGCUGGUUGUUGGAGAGCGUAUGGCCAUCGCCAUGCUGCAUACUUUAUCCAAAUAUCAUCUCAGGGACUUUAUGGAUCCGACAAUGGACAGCACAAAGCAUAUUUUAAACUACCUGAUGCCUUUAUUGGAAGAAGUUGACAAAGAACUGCAUGACUUUUUGCUCAGAGCGGAGGUGGGAACCAUCUUUGCCCUAUCCUGGCUAAUCACUUGGUACGGACACGUCCUGUCCGAGUUCAAACACACGUUGAGACUGUAUGACUUCUUCUUGGCCUCACACCCCAUUAUGCCAAUCUACCUCGCUGCUACUAUUGUGCUGUACAGAGAGCAGGAGGUGAAGCAGACGGAAUGCGACAUGGCCAUGGUGCACCACCUCCUCUCUCGCAUCCCCCAAGACCUUCCGUACGAACUCCUGAUCGGCCAGUCCCAAAACCUGUUCAACCGCUACCCUCCAGCUGUGCUGGCUAAACGAGCUGCGCUACAAUCUAGUAAAAGCUUGUCCAUAAGCACCUUCAAGGCCUUUCAACAAUCAACCUUCCACCAGAGACCGGACUCGGUUCUCCAGCGUCUCACCAAGGCUCAGGCCACCACUUCCAGACAAGCUCGCCACUCGGUCCUGGACGUAGCUUUGCCCCAGGAUGGAGGCCAGCGGUGGGGGAAGGGGAGCAGGAUGGUGAAAAUGGCGGUCUGGGGGCUGUCAGCCACACUGGGGGCGGCCAUUUUUGCCGUGGCCCAGACGGCCAUGGAGUGGGCGCCCGACACGUUGUUACAGCUCUUCUGAUGGGCUUCUUCUUAGCUUCACGGCAAGGACUCAAACCCUGUAUCUGAGGCGGAAGUAGCUCCAUGGUUUAAAGUCCCACGGUUGGUCAUUACUGUGUGUAUGUGUGUGAUCCAUAUAUAUAUCUUUUUUAUGUUAGUGCGCUUGCGGGAAUCUCGGAAACCAAAAAGUGCCCUAAGGGGCAAAUAUCCUAAGGCCAAAUAACAUUUAAAAACUGAAAGCUUCUCAAUGUGGAUUAAGAGUGCAAAUGAGAAACGGGGGGUGCGCAAUUAAUUGUUGCAGUGUACUCGAGCAUAAUAAUAGAACUUUUUCAGAAAACGUUUGUAUAUUUGUCGAUUUUUAUGUUUUCAAACUGUUGAGCUGCACACCCCCCACACACCCACUAAAUAAAUACAUGAAGCUCUCACGUUGAAAUAUUAAGCAGGGUUGUGCCCAAACAGAACUUUUACUUAAUCCUAAUCAUAGACUAGCAAAAAUAUUGUAAUUAUCUAUAACGUGCAAUGAAAACAAAAUUUUAAAAAAUAAUUUAUUCCUCUGAAAAAGUAGUCUCUUGGAGGAACAUUCAAGAGUAUUAUCGUUUACUACAUCCAAAAAUUGAAUAUUAAUAAUACAGCUGUGUGUGUGUGUGUGUGUGUGUUAGCAAUGUAGCGAUUUCCCCAGCAAUGUCUGCUCCGUGUACCGACGUCUUCUGCUUUGAAAUAUUCAUCAGCUUUUGCAAGCUUGCGCCAGCUGCAUCUGUUAGCCCAAGUUCGCCUCGGCCUGCCUCGGCUUGGCCCUCCGCUCGGUUGAAACGGUGACUAUAAUAACGUGUAUACCCGUUUUUUUUUUUUUUCGUGGAGGACUUAUUGAUUUUUUUUGCGCCCCAUAAUGAACACGUGCCAGUUGGAUGCUCUGAUGACGGGCUGUUCUACGCUGUUGCAGUCCGUCAAAACAAAUCAAGAUGUCUCCUAAUCCCAAAAACUGGCAAAAACAACAUGCAGAAAACGUAGCAUUUAGCUCCUCGUAGUUUCACUCAAGUCUUUUAUGUAUCGCUAACCUGCCUUACAAACAAUUGCCAACUGGCAGAAAUAAUCAAGAAGAUGCUAUUAGUACUCAAAUUGUUAAAACUGUGAUCUAAAAAAAAAAAGUAGUCCUGUAGGUGUCGCCGAUGGGCCUCAAACUAUUGCUGAAUAUCAAAAGAAAUCAUGACAUGACCUCCUACAGCGUUGCUAAGCUUGAGGAAUUAUCAGUCCCCGUCAGUGUGUCACUCCAUUAGCUAGUUUGUUAGUUGGCCGCUUUUCUGCAAUAGAAAGCUUAUAGAGACUUUUAUUGUUAAUUACUUUAAUUAGGCGCUCGAUAAGUCAGCGCCUUGCAGGCCAGUUUGAAUAUUUUUUUUUAUGUUUGUGUCAGUGCUUUUUUUGCACAGACAUAUCGUUUUAAUUCGCACAGCCUGACUUUUUGUUGUAGGGCACCAUUAAGAUGUACUGAGGUCAAUAAAAGUGAAAAUGAAACCUAAUUAAAAAAUAAUGGCGCACAAAAGGUAUUUGAAAAUUUGGACAAAUUUGCCCCUGCUAACAAACAAGAAGACGUGUACGGAACAUUCAUUAUGCCAACGUGCUUUAAAUAAGUGUUUAUUGAAAGGAUAGCAAAAAAAAACCAUUUAAAAAAAAAUAUAUAUAUAUAUAUAUUUAUUACCGCAGCGCUUAUUCAAUGAUGCCAAAGAAUUCUUAUGUAUUAGUAGUACUCUGAAAUUGCACCGGUGCUUUCGCGUAAAGCAGUGAAUAAACAAUGAUUGAUGGUA